GCACAUUUUUGAGAAAACCAAAAAAGGAGAGCGAAAAGAAAAAGAAGUGUAGGGUUGAGAGAUAUUUUUGGUAGAUAUUUAGAAUGGGGUUUUAUAGGGAAAAGGCAUAAAAAGAACAAAAAAAAUGAUGAAGGCCUAAGUGGGGUGAAAGAGAAAGAAAGAGAAAAGGGUGGUUGUUAUCCAUAAAUAUAUCCAAGUGAAGGGCCAAAAGAGGCUGAGAAAUCUUUAGUCUUUUGGUUCACCUCUGCUUCCAAGAGAUAAGACCUCCUUCUUCCCUUUGUAUUUACUCGUAUUUAGUCGGAUCAAGUUGUCAUCUCUGUAUUUUAAUUUAUUAUAAUUUUUGAAUUCUUUUAAAAUUGUAUUUUUUUAUAAUUUUAAAAUUUUAAAAUUAAGAUUAAAUUAUCAUAAUGUAUAAAUGUUAAUAGUUAAAUAUUUAAAAUUAAGAACAAAUUGAUAUGAUAUAUAUACCAAUUAGAAAAGCCAUGUCAUCUUUAAUUAUUUAACUAUGAGUUAGUUAAAUGACUAAAUUAUAAUUUUUUACAGUUUAAAGAUUAAAACGGAAAUCCACAUAUAACUCAGUGACCUGCAGACCACGGUGUACUUUAAUAACACUAUAAUCAAAUAUUCAAAACCCUAUUUGGUUAACAAUGGAAGUUGAAUAAAACCCAGGGUUUUUGGCUGCUUCCAUGCUCUUUUCUUCUUCAUAUCUGGAAAAUAUUGCUAUCUAAUUCAGAAGUACUUCUGGGAUGUUGCUUAUGGAUUCCUCGACGAAGAUAUCUUUCAAUCGUUGCAUUAGAGAUGGAGAUUUGGUUAUUGUAUAUGAGAGGCAUGAUACCAUGAAAGCUGUUAAAGUGUGCGAGAAUUCGGUUCUUCAAAAUCGUUUCGGUGUAUUUAAACAUUCGGAUUGGAUUGGCAAGCCGUUUGGUUCCAAAGUUUUCAGCAACAAAGGUGGAUUCGUUUACCUAUUGGCUCCAACACCGGAGUUAUGGACUUUGGUUCUAAGUCAUAGGACUCAGAUUCUUUAUAUUGCGGAUAUUAGCUUUGUGAUCAUGUACUUGGAAGUAGUUCCGGGUUGUUUGGUUCUUGAAUCCGGGACCGGUAGUGGCUCAUUAACAACAUCGUUUGCAAGGGCUGUGUCUCCAAUGGGACAUGUGUAUACCUUUGAUUUCCAUGAACAGAGGGCUGCCUCAGCUAGAGAGGACUUCGAGAGGACUGGAAUAAGCACUUUAGUCACGGUGGGAGUCCGAGAUAUUCAGGGUGAUGGAUUUCCGGAUCAGUUUUCUGGAUUGGCUGAUUCUGUAUUUUUGGACCUACCGCAACCUUGGUUAGCCAUUCCUUCAGCUCGAAACAUGUUGAAACAAGAUGGAACUCUGUGUUCCUUCUCACCAUGCAUCGAACAAGUGCAACGUUCAUGUGAAACUCUUAGAUCUGACUUUACAGAUAUACGGACCUUGGAAAUACUGCUCCGCAUGUACGAAGUCCGUGAAUGGAAAAUGGAUCACUCAAAAGUCGAUGAUGGUAAUUCCACUGCAUGCCCUCCACGCAAGAGGAGGCAGCCUUCGAGUGAAGCAAGUGUGGGGGACAAUGCAAGUUCUCCUGCAGUUAUGGCCCGGCCAUCUGCUGAAACACGAGGGCAUACUGGAUAUUUGACAUUCGCAAGGAAGUGUGUUUCUUGAAAAAAAAAAAAAAAAUUUACAAGUUGCAAACAAUUUUAAUCCUACUAUUAUGAUUGAUUCUUAGCUCACUCAAUGACACAUUCCUGAGUAUUCACUUCACAAGUCACUAUUUAUAUAGGACCUGUUCAUGUGCAGCCGGAAUUUUUUUUUUGUUUAAGCCUGUUUUUGGCCUGGUUUGAAUUCACUGUUGUGAGUAUAACAUUGUCCAAGUUCAGCUCGGACCAUGCCUACAGGUAUCAGUGUCUUUUGAUAGUUGGAAUGGAUUGAUAGGAUGGCUGAAAAUGGGUUUAGGAAUUAGGGGAUGAUUUAGAUUUUCCCUUUGGGAAACAAGCCAUAAUUGUUCUUUUUUAUCUGAAAUGUGCAUUAAAUUAACUUAA